UUAUACAAAUGUACUGUAUGUCAUUUCUACAACUUAACUUUGAGGAAGAUCCAUGCGCUCACUUGGCUGAGCAUUUCAACAGUCGAGACGACACCAGUCGUUGGGAACUUACAGUUUCAAGACGUUGGCUUGUUAAAUAAGAUCGUGUGAGCCGGCCUUAACGUAAUAUUACCAUUCAGCCGUACAGUCGGAAUAGUGUAAAACCAAAACUGGAUUCUACGUUACUGCUAGAACACUUCGAUGAAACUGAUUAGAGGUCAUCAAACAGCGGCAACGGAUAACUGGGUGUACAUUCGCUACACACGGAUGUCCAGCUCCGUCAUCCUGAUGAUAUCAGUCGGCGGAUUCUUGUCUCGCACCUAUUACACGUCAUGGACCGAAUGGAAACAACAGAAUCGUCUUCGGCGACAGGCCUGCCCGGGUCGGCGUAUGCUGCUCUCAUGCAGCAGAUUCUUGAUGUUACUCAAGGGUAUGUAAUGCUUGGUAUCUAUCUCAUUGGUUUCUUCGGGAAUACGCUCUCACUUGUGGUUUUCUUCAGGCUGAGGAGACGGGAAGAUGCGUGUGUCCAGUAUCUCAGUUGCCUCGCCGUCUCGGACAAUGGCGUCAUAAUCUUCCUAGGAGUGAGUGACUGGAUUGCUGUUGGACUGAAAUUUCUUACUGAUGGUGCAGUUUCGUUCAAUUUUAUGUCACACACAGGACUGACGUGCAAAAUACAGCAGUUUGUAUCACAAUAUUUCAUGUGCGUUUCUGCUUGGACCAUUGCUGCAUUUUCUGCAGAGCGUGCGUUUGUAGUUUUGCAUCCACUGAAGCGAGUGAAUAUUACGGCCACAUUUCGACGAAAGGUUAUCUGCCUGAUAUGGUUUUCCGCAGUCACAGCUGGUAUCCACCAUCUUGUUCUCAUGAAUACCAUUCCAGGCACGCCGGUCCUAUGUUACUAUGAUGCUGAACCUACCACGGCAGCUAUUUUGUGGCUCAUGGAUACCAUACUCUUCUGCUACGCCCCAAGUUUUUUAAUAUUUGUAUCAAAUAUUCUAAUUCUAGUUGCUAUAUUCAAAUCGAGAAAGUCAAGUGGCCGGACAGCCCGCCAGACCCAUCAAACAUCGAAUGAAGGGAGGUUACUGGUGUCACUAAUGCUCGUCUCAACUCUCUUCAUCAUUUUUGUGUUGCCUGCCAAUACGACAUUUGCCUAUCUAGCAGAUAUGCAAGAAAAACUCACCGAAGAUGAAGCUCUCUUUCUUUAUUAUAUUGUCAAAUUCCUAACGCUAGUCGCCGUUCUCAACUACUGCAUCAAUUUCAUUAUUUACGGCUGUACAAUGCCCGAGUACCGUCAGGAUGUGUCCAAGAUAUUUUCCGGUGUAGCAAACUGCCUCAUCAAAACUAUAUUCAGGCAAUAUCGAAACGAUUCACACUCAGGCUGAUAAAAAUUGUGAAGUGGACUGCAUGGCCCGAUUCUACUAGAGUGGUUUGUUAAAAACCGCGCUUCGGAGCAACGGGAAACCGGAGCGGUUUCCCGCUGUGGUGGAAUCAGUCCUUUCGGCUCAACAGUGACAACUGGUGGCCAUGGCAGAGACAACCAACAACAGAAUGAGGAGUUUUCCAUGCUGUCGCACAACAUAUAGCAAAUAGCAGCCUACCAGUAUUUGGUGAUAACAUGCAUUUCAUGCUCGACGUAUGGUUGCAAGGAUCUCAGGAAAUUGAUAUCAUUGUAUUAGCAAGUGGUCGUCGAUACAUUGUUUAAAGAUCAAGUCUAUUUUUCAAAAUAAAUGGUAUGAAAAAUACCUCAUGCCAAUUUUCAGAUACUUAUAUCACGGCAGAGUAAAGAUAAAUUCGUACAUCGCUUUAAUCACCAAGCCACCAUUCGAAAAUAACCUUCUGCCUCAGAUCGCGAACAUGAUCCUCCCAUCAUAAACCCUUUUUACGAAUAUUGUUAUCACGGACAGCAUAAAUUUAGACGCUGCCACUAUUCCUGAUCGUUAUUCUUGGUCACGACUUUUUUCUCGAUGAUUUCUAUAUAUAUUUGUGAAUUGAACGUAUCACUUCCGAUUGGUUAUGGAACAGAUUGCUGGCUGCCUCCUUGUGUCGAAAAUUCAGUCGGAAGGAAUCUGGCGAUGCCAAGUAAUGGUAUUAUUUUAGCGAUACACACGCCAAUGGACGGACAGGAAGCAACAUACAUUCUUUCGACGACAAGCCAGGCAAGUUCGACGAAUGCUGUUCUUAUGCAGCAAAUCCUCGAUUUCACCCAAAGCUAUGUAGUUCCUGGAGUUCUUUUUCUUGGUUUCUUUGGGAAUACACUAUCACUGGUGGUAUUCUUCAGACUGAGGAGACGGGAAGAUGCGUGUGUCCAGUAUCUCAGUUGCCUCGCCAUC